GACAAAUGGUGUAAUGCACGAACCCGAAAAGAUGAGGUUCGCUUUGCUUGUUUCGCGCCGUAGAGCCAACACUCCUUUUGCUUUCUCAGGUUUUUUGUCGUUCGACUGUUCUCAGAGUUGUGAGUAUCGUAACUGAGUUGGAUGUUAAGAUUAGUCCGGCUUGCGGUGCUCUUCUGAGGUUGAAAGGUGGUGGGUUUCCUCCUAGAUGUUUUGAGAUUAGGUAGAAGGUACAGUUUGGUGUAGCUCUCGAAGAAAUGGCGGCAGCGCUGGUAGCAGCGCGGUUGCCGCGUCCGCAGCGUGAAUUCGUGGACGUAGUAGGGCGUGAGACGAUGGAGUUUGGGAGCUCUGGAGUUAGAUUGCGGCCUGUAUCAUCCUUGCUAGUGUACCGGCUCAAGGGCAUUAUCUCGGAGUCCAGAACGGGGAUGUGCAGAAACUUUCUUUUCAGGAAACCGUUUUCCAAGAGAAAGGUUCAUAUUGCGGUAGUGAGCGAGGGCGAUGAUGACAUUACAGACAUUCAAGAGCUUGCAGAUGGGAGUCUUUUCUUCUCCUUCGCCGGAUCUCCAUCUUCUGUCGAAGCUUCAGCUCAACCGAGGGCAAAGCAGAAUGACAACAUCAAGAUGAACGGGUGCGCCUCCGCGCACAAUCUGACACGCACAACUCUGCCACCACGCCAGCCAUCGAGCUUCCGAAAGAAAUCCCCGAUUCCUUCUCGAGAACCAGGUUCUAGUUCCGAAGUUCAAGCGGCUACUUCUCAAUCUGCUGUAGCAGAAGAUCGGAAUACGAACAAAGGCGCCAUCCCCAGCAAAUCUGGAAAGCAUGAAAGGCCCCUGUCGUUAUUCUUGAAGAAGUCGCCAAUACCGAAGGAACGUCGAGUGUCGUCCUCAAAGAAAAGCUCGUCAAAUGAGGUGUCCUCUGCCAUAGAAGCUCCCAGAAAGUCAAAAUUGACGAAGAGAUCGUCAAUUUCGAAGAAUCGAGACACCGCUCCAGCUUUGACCUCCGAGAAGAAGAGGAAUUCUAGUGAAGCAUCUGGAGUCGGAGAAGCUUCUAUAAAAGCCAAACCUGCAGUUAUCGAUCUCGAAAGUGACUCACCAUUCUCUUCCGAGCUGAAGGAGAUUUUGAAUCACAGCAAGCAGAACCGCAAGCAGACGGCUGGACAAGCCACAGAGAGUGUCGAAACCUCAACCGCAGCUCCUGCAGAAGAUGCUUCUUCAGCAAAUAAAUCAUCAAAGCCGUCAAAGGCUGCGAAUGUGAAUAUCGAGGUUGGUCAAGCUGAGGGUCUUAAGAAUAGUGUUUUGAGUAAAGACUUGUCAAAUUUCAAGCUUCCGGAAUUGAGGAGCAAAGCAAAGGCGAGGGGGCUGAAGGGAUACUCGAAACUAAAGAAGAGUGAGCUUAUUGAUCUUAUAGCCACUCGUGAGGUCACGUAAGAGAUUGUAGCUUAAAUGUAACUUGUGAACAGGAAAUGGAGUUGUGCACUUGCGAUGAAAUCCAGGAUACCUUACGAUCAGUUUUAUUUGUCA